AUGGCUACUACUUAUCAUACACAAACUAAUGGACAAGUCGAAGUAUCGAAUCGAAAAAUUAAAAACAUUCCUGAGAAGGUUAUGAACCCUUCGAGGAAAUAUUGGUCUUCUAGACUAGAUGACGCUUUAUGGGCAGUGCAAACAGCAUAUAAAACUCGAGUAGAGAUGUCAUCGUAUCAAUUGGUUUUUAGGAAAGCAUGUCACUUGUCAGUUAAACUGGAGCACAAAGCAAUGUGGGAAAUUAAGCGAGUGAACAUGAACUAUGAAGCUGCUGGAAAGAAAAGGCUAUUGGACAUCACAAAGCUAGAGGAGAGUAGGCAAAAUGCCUAUAAAAACGCUGCAAUUUACAAGGAAAAGACCAAACGAUGGCAUGACAGAAUUAUUUUGCAGCGACAAUUUAUCGCGGAACAUUAUCACUGCACCCGAUUUGGUGCGACUACUGAUAAUUUGGUGCGAGAUGGAGCUAAACUGGCGAAAGUUGCAAAGGAAGCAAUAGAUGACGCUGAGGCAAAGCCGGAACCUGAGGAGCUAUCUGAGGCCCAUGCGAAGCCCAAAUAA